GCGAGUUUCGUUUAUAAACGCUCCAAGAUCUUUUGGUUUAAUUUCUUUUUAUCAUUACUGGUUUGGCGGUAUAUGUAAAUUUGAUGCAUUAGUUUUUGAUCCUGCUCCUGCUUUGUAGGAAAGUCAAUCAUGUUGGGAAAUGGGCAUGCAAUUCCUGGUACUCCUAUAGCCAUUGAUAUGUGGAAUAUCAAAAGUUAUCCUCAAACUCGAAUAUUUUUCCUGUCCCAUUUCCAUGCUGAUCACAUUGUGGGCCUUAAUAGUUCUUGGAAGUAUCCUAUUUAUACUUCACCAAUUACUGCGAAAUUCCUCAUCCGUAAUCUUAAAAUAAAUCCUGACCUAGUGAGAAGUUUGGAAAUUGGAGAAGAUCAUCUUAUUCCUAUAGACCAAGAAGGGCAAGAAAUGAUCACUGUGACUCUUUUUGAUGCUAAUCACUGUCCAGGUUCAGUAAUGUUCUUGUUGAGUGGCUACUUUGGUGAUAUUCUUUAUACGGGGGAUUUUAGGUUUAGGCCUAACUUACUAGAUGGCUUUGAAUUGCCUCCUAUAGAUGUAUUAUAUUUGGACAAUACUUACUGUUCUCCAAGCUGUAUAUUUCCAACUCGAGAUGAUGCCAUCGAAAAUGUUUUGUCCCAGCUUAGUGUUUGUUUGGUUCAAAGUGAAAGAGUAUAUCUGGGUCUUGAUAAUUUAGGUAAAGAAGAAUUACUUCAAAGAAUUGCUAAAGAGAGGCAAUGCAAAAUAAAUGUGUAUCCAAGUAGGAAGAAUAUUAUGGAUAUUUUAGAAAUGUCAGAUAUAGUAACAACUGAUAAAUCAAAUACAAAAAUUUUCGUUGUUCCUACAAAUCAGAUUAAUGGAAAAAACAUUGUAAAGUGGAACAAUGAAAUGAAAACACAUGCCAUUUUAGCCACAGCUAGAUUUUGUGGAUUUAAAUUUAAACCAUUUUCAAAAUGUAAUGAUAUUCAUGUCAUACCUUAUUCUAAUCAUUCCUCCUACUAUGAAAUAAAAGAGUUUGUGAAACUAGUUCGACCCCGUUCCAUAGUUCCUAUUGUUUCCAGGCAUGCCAAGGGUUUGUUUGGCACAGAUAUAUCAGACAGAGCUGAUAUGAGUAAAUUCCACAAAUUCCUUCGAGAACCUGUUUCUUUUGAAUUUACUAUCCCAGAAACUGUUAAAAGAACGAUGAAUGAAUGUGAAACCCAAUUUUCUGCCUCAAUGCCCGUGAAAAAACGAAAAGUUGCUCGACCUGAACAUAAGCCGUGGCGCAGGCCUCUUGCUGUGGGUGUGCGAUACAUUGUUAGUGAAGAUUCAGAAACCGAUUCUGAUCCGGAUGCUAUACAUAUUGAACCUGAGGAAUUUAUUGGUGAUGAUAUAGCAGAAUACAGUUCCCCAGGUAUAUCUGAGGAAAGUGAACCUGAAAUAUCAACACAAGUGUGGGAGAUAACUCAUGUAACUGGAAAAGCACUUCCAACUAUUUAUUAUAUCCAAGAAUCUUAAAACAGGAAUUGAAUAGGAAUCUUAGUAGGAAUUUGAAUAUUUUUUGUUUUGUUUUGUUUUGCUUAGUGAUAAUGACAAAGAUUAAAGGAAUCUUAAUAUUUGUGUUUUAGCUUUUUUACUGUUGUCAGUGUUCAAAUAGUUUUAUUGUGUACACUUUCUUGUAAUUUCUUGUUUAGUUAUUGACUUUUUAAAAUUAUAAUUAAAAUUUUUUGGUUCUUUUUGUCUACAUGUUAAAACUGAAAGGAAGGCAGUGUUAAAAAAUAUAUUUCUUAGUUUUAGAUCAUUAUAUUGUUAAAUAAAGUGCAAUAUUAUUGUAAUUUCAUUAUAAUUGAUGUAAGAUGAUUAGUCAAAAUGUAAUAUUUUAUUUCAGCUUUUAUUAUAAAAAAGAAAACAUAAAGGUAUAUAUUAUUACAUUCAAUUUUUAAAAUUUUUUUAUUCUUGUAUUACUUUCUUGAAUGAACUGGGAUUUGCUGUUCACGGGAUUGAAAUUAAUCAUUUCUGUGACCAUACAAAAAGUUGGCUUAUAAUCUUCGAAUUAUGAUAUAAUAAAGUAUUUUUGAAACAUCUAAGUACUUUAUAAUAUUUAAAGCAUGUAAUAUUACAAGUAUUAAUUCAAAACUAUGCUACGUAAUAAAUAACAUACCUUUAACAUCCAUAAAAAAUAUCCAUUGAAUUUUUUACUUUGUUUUAUACUGCACUUUUGUUUAUGUCAAUAUAAUUAAAUUUUCUUUAAUGCAAAGAAAUGUAAUGGCAUUCAGUUUAUUUUGCUACAUUGCAUCUGUUAAAUCCGUUUUAAUUCUUUGUUCCAAAGAAGAAGGGGAGGGGACUCUUUUUGCAGAUAUUCUGAUCACUGGCAUUCAAGUCAAAAAGCUUCAUUAAAAUAUCAAUGUUAGUAUCAACAGUUAUUUUUCUUAAAGUCACUUGCUGAAGAAUUGUAGGCUGUGAUUAUUUCAUUCAUUAAAAGAGUUCAGGUGAAAAAGUUCAUUGCAUCUAAAUCCAUUUUGGAAAUCAAAAGUAGACCUUCUUUGUCACAUUCAAAAACCAACAAUCAGAAUUUUUUAAUAUGAGUAAUUCUUUUUCCGGAUUCCCUCUAAGCUGCUGAUUAUUUCUAGCAGUUUUGCUUUAAACUUUCAUCUGAAAAGCAUUGACUAAAAGUUGACACAUAUUUGAAACAAUUCCAAAAUUAUUUGUCUUAAUAGAUUGCAGUUUUUUAAUAAUUGAAUACAGUACAGUAUGUUCAUUCAUUUAAAAAAAAAUAUUGAGAAUUUCCCCAUGAUAAAAUUCUUAUUCCUGCUGUUCGAUUUAUGCAAUUUCUAUUUUCACAUACUUGAUAUUAUCUGAGCUACAGUGUUCUGUAAAACUGAACCAUGAACAUAAUUUCAGGUCUUAACUUGGUUAGUGUAUAUUUGUCUUUUGUUGGAGUUCCUAACUUUUGGCUUGAUUCCUUCAAAGUUAUAUGGAGCAUUGUGGCAUGCAAAACUAGACUAGACUAUCAUAGCAUACAAAACAUAUAUAUUAUAAAGGGGAAAUUAGAAACAUACAUAUAAUAGAAGGGUUUUUUUUUUUUUGUGAUAAAGAGUAUAUAGUCCUGAGUAAAACUUCCUAAAUCAUGGCAUAAAGACAUUGGCGUUUUUCUCCUAAACAUCCUUGGCUGCUAGUAGGUGCAUAAAAUAUAUUGUUGUUAAUUUAUGUACUAUUAGUUUUAGAGAUAUGCAACCUAAAUAAAACAUGAUAUAUUUAAUAUAUGUAAUAUAAAAAUUGGAAACAAAUCUUGAAAUUACAUCUUAGAAAAUUAAUUUUUAUCUCCUUUUUGUAAAUGGAAACACUGAUCAAAACAAUCAUACAUGAAUUGAAAGGACAAUCCUUGGAUUACAAUUAAUAUAGAUAUAGGUAUAGAUAGAUAAUAGGUAUAGAAUAGAUCAUUUAUAGAUAGGCAAUAAAUUCCAAUACAGUUGUGUAUAGUAGAGCGAUAUAGUUUAAGCAAUUAAAAAGGUCAAUAGAUUGUAUUAAAAAUCAAAACAGUUCUCAAGAAAGAAUUUCAUAUGCAGGGUUAGUUUUUUUCUUUCUUUCACACAC